CCGCUAUUGGAUGGAAGAUAUUAUUCAAUAGAUUUAAUCAAUCGAAAUGCCAACAGCAUGGAAUAAUCAUGUUAGACUGUCAGCUAAUCAGCAAACAAUAUAAAAACUUGCAAAUAAUUUAAUGAUCACAGUUAUAUAAUUUUCAUCCAUCAAACCGUAUUAAACAGUUAACAAUUCAAAUGAUUCGAACAACUUUUUUCAUCGCUCUUUUUGUCUUGGUCUCUGCUGCCAGUUUUUCCAAUGAAAAUGAAUGGGAAUCAUUCAAGGCCAAGCACAACAAGGUUUAUGCGGACGAAAGGGAAGAAGCUUGGCGGAAAACAGUUUUCUUAAACAACUUGAAAAAAAUCAAAGCCCACAAUGAAAGAGCUAACAAUGGUGAACACACUUAUCGCUUAGGAGUCAAUAAAUUUGCUGAUUUGACCUAUGAGGAAUUUAAAUCAGCUUAUCUGGGCUUCAAAAAGAGUCAUUACUCUACCCCUGUUGUCCACAAUGUCAACAAAACUGUUCAACUUCCAGCCUCAGUUGACUGGCGAACGAAAGGAAUUGUAACCGAAGUCAAAAAUCAAGCUAAAUGCAAGUGUUGUUGGGCCUUUUCAGCUAUAGCUUCCAUUGAAUCCGCAAAUGCCCAAAAAACUGGUAAAUUGGUUGAGCUUUCAGAGGAAAAUUUGAUUGAAUGCUCUUGGGAUCACCACAAUAAGGGGUGUAAUGGUGGUCGUAUGGACUUAUCAUUCCAAUAUGUUAUAGAUAACAAAGGUAUUGCUACCGAAAGUUCUUAUCCAUACACUUCUGCUGCAGGAGACGACAGUGGUAAAUGCAAAUACUCCGCUUCCAAAAGAGGAGCUUCAAUCUCAUCAUACGUUAAUAUUCCGCAAGGUAAUGAGAAUGCCCUUCUUCAAGCCGUCGCUCAACGAGUUGUUUCAGUUGCCGUAGAUGCUGAGUUUGACUUGCAGUUAUAUCAUUCUGGUGUUUUAAAGUCAACCGUAUGCUCGCCUCAGGCUCUCAACCACGGUGUAACCGUUGUAGGUUAUGGUGUUGAUAAUGGCACUCCUUACUGGCUAAUCAAAAACAGUUGGGGAGCUGAUUUCGGUGAAAAUGGUUACUUCCGAUUGUACCGAGGUAUCAACAUGUGUGGUGUUGCUGAAGAUGCUGUAUAUCCAGUUGUCUAAAGGGUUACUGUAAAUUAAUUUGAAUCAGCAAAAUUGACAAAAUUUGUCAAUAAAUAUUAUAACUCACUCAGGCAACUAAGAAUAUCAAUAAAAUUGUCUUUCAAUAAAUCUCAA